AUGACUGCCCCAGAAUUCAGCUACAAAGUAAAGCCAGACACGCUCGUUCUUUUCGACGUCGAUGGUACUCUAACCCCAGCUAGACUUACCGUCUCUGAAGAAGUGAGAGAGACUUUGAAGCAGCUCAGAAAGAAAGUGGUCAUCGGUUUUGUCGGUGGUUCUGACUUGAGCAAGCAACUAGAACAGUUGGGCCCAAAUGUGUUGAACGACUUUGACUACGCUUUCUCUGAAAACGGGUUGACUGCUUACAGAAUGGGUGAGAAGUUGGCUUCUCAGUCUUUCAUCAACUGGAUUGGUGAAGAAGAGUACAACAAAUUGGCCACCUUCAUCCUCAAGUACCUUGCCAGCAUUGAAUUGCCAAAGAGAAGAGGAACCUUUUUGGAGUUCAGAAACGGUAUGAUCAACGUUUCGCCUAUCGGUAGAAACGCUUCCAACGCCGAACGUAACGAGUUUGAACAAUACGACAAGCAACACCAAAUCAGAGCUAAGUUUGUCGAGGCUUUGAAGAAGGAAUUCGCCCACUUGAAGUUAACCUUUUCCAUCGGUGGCCAAAUUUCUUUCGAUGUUUUCCCUACCGGCUGGGACAAAACUUACUGUCUACAACACGUUGAGUGCGACAACUUCAAGGAGAUUCACUUUUUCGGUGACAAGACCAUGCAAGGCGGUAACGACUACGAGAUCUACACCGACUCCAGAACCGUCGGACACUCUGUGCAGACCCCAGAUGACACCGUCAAGAUCUUGCGCGAAUUGUUCCAAUUGUAA